GUCUGGGAACUCUAGGUGUGAUUGGAUACGACCGCGAAGGGGCGGAGCCUUCGGGAUGGAUAACACGGACUCGGUGUCAUUUCCCCCCAGACCCCCUCUGUUAGGAAGCCGAGACGCCCCCAGCCUCAUAACCUGGUCUGGCGAAGAAGCCCUGCUGAGCUCCGUCAUAGGCCUCCCAACUGGGGCUGCCCGUUCAGGAGCCCUGGGCACCGCGCCAGGCUGGGAAUUCCCCUGGUGUGACCUCUGACCCCGGUGAGAUACCGGGCCCGGGGUUCGAGGCCAGCUCCCGGUGUAGGCGGCCAUGGAGCUGGGCAGCUGCUUCAAGACCUAUGAGGAUUUCAAGGAGUGCUUCAACGCGUACAAAAAGGAGAACAGGUGUUCCUUCAUCCUCAGAGACUGCGUCUCCGUCCGCUUCCACAACCUCAACCACGGCACCUCCAUCCGCGAAGAUGUCUUAUACAUGCAGGUGAAAUUUGUCUGUAUUUGGACUCAGUCCAACAGGAAGAGACUUCGGCAGGAGGACAUGUGCCCAGCCUACCUGCUCCUGCGGUACGACGAGAGUCUAGACCGACUGUGUAUCAGUGAAUUGAAUACCCAACAUGUGCAUGUUGACUCCAGCAGAGCCGCUGGUCCCAAGGAAGAUGCUGCUGGCAAACCUCAGAAGACCAGGUGCGUGCAGGCACUGCAGCCAGACCUCAACCAAGUGGAGAAGUUGCCAGCUGAACCAUCCUUUUGCCUCGAAAAAGUACAAGGUCCCUCAAAGCCGGAACUAGAGGGUGUCACUCCUUGUGACCUGGCCAAGAUAGCCAAAGUAAUGAAGAACUUUCUGCAAGUGGAUGAGGGUUCCAUGGCCUCCUUCAACGUGGGCAACAACCAGGACCUGGACCGGCUCAGCUUCCAGAGCAGCAAGAUGAGUGAGCUGUUCGUGCGCUUCCCCGAGAGCAUCUUGCUGCACCGGGUGGAGAACGCCCGGGGCCACAUCCUGUAUGCUUUCCUGGUGGAGAACAAGGAACGCGAGAGCCGAGUGGUCCACUUUGCCAUGCUCAAGGAGGAGACAGCCACCUCUGUGGCCAAGAUGCUGAGCAUCUUCACAGAGUUCAACUCCGAUUGGCCCAAGAUCAAGGUGGUCUUUGUGGAGCCCUCGUUCCCUCACCGGGCCAUCCUGCAGGAGAACUUCCCCUCAGCCCGCAUCCUGCUUUCCAUUUACCACACAACCCGACUCCUGGAAAAGAAGUUGCAUCGUAGUUCCACAGAUCCAUCCUUUAAAAGACUCAUGAAGGAAGCGCUGCGGGAGGCCGUGUUCGUCACUUCCAACGCCAGCCUGAAAAACCUGCGUGACAUGUCCCAAGCCCUGCUAGAUGAGGAUCUCUUCAGCUUCCUACAGGCGCACUGGUUCUCCUGUGAGCUGCUGUGGUACCUGCACGUGCGGAAGGGCCUGCAUGCGUGUAACACCUACAUGGACAGCCUGGACAUCGUCACCAGCAAGGUGUCAAGCCUCUUUCGGGAACAGCAGUCCCUGUUCCCUGGGGAUUACAUCGACCUUUUUAACACCAAAGGUUUCAAGAACCUGCCCUCAGCACCUCCCAAGUUAAAGAGAUCCCAGUCUGCAAGCCUGGCCACCAAGGCCAAGAAGCCCUUCCAAGUCUGUAGAGCCAUCCUCCCCCGGCCGCCCGUGCAGGAGACCAAGGCAGAACCACAGCAGGUUCCCUCGCAACCGCAGGCCCAGCCCUCCCAGGCUGGCAUGCUUGAUACUUUGCACCAGAGCGGCUCUGAACUGGCCUAUAAGCUGUGCCACCAUGAGUGGGAGGUCGUUCAAAACUCAACCCAUCUGGUGGACCUGGCUGGCUCCUUUGUGGACGUGCAGCUGAUAGAGAACUCUCACCAGGUCAGCAAAGAUUGCUGCAGCUGUAGCUGUUCCUUUCAACAGUGGUACCACCUGCCGUGCCGGCACAUUCUGGCCCUGCUGCACACCAGCCAGCAGCCAGUGGGUGAAGCCAUGGUGUGCCGCCGGUGGCAGAAAAAAUACCAGCAUCUCCUUGGGCCCAAUGGCGAGCUCCAGGACCGCGGAGAGCUCCCCAGCCCAGGCCAGCCUGAGAGGCAGGGAAGGGACCACAUAAUUCAGGACCUAAGCAGGGAACUGGCCAACCUGCUGAUGCAAACUGAGGGGCCAGAGCUAGAGGAGCGCUACUCCACCCUGCGCAAGAUUGUGGACAUCUGGACUGACCCCGGUCAGCUGCCUGACCUCGGUCAGCAGCCUGAGCCCAGUCAGCUGCCCGAGCCCAGUCAGCAGUCUGAAGACUUUAGGGACAUCGGUUGCCUCCCCUUCCUUUGGGGAAAGCUGGAGGAAGGGGAAGGACUCUCUCCUGCUGAAACCCUGGUGCACGAGUGACGCAUCCACACCGACGCAUUGGACCAUGCCCUCCUAUCCUUGGAAGUGUGCGAGUUCAAAGAGGGUGACAGAUGUCGGGGAUCGGCAUUGUAGCCACUGUCUCCCUAGGUGUGAUAGGGGGAGUAUUCCAGAAAGCAGAAAAUCCUUCGAAGCUGCUCCCAACCCCUGCAGCCCCCAUCCCCACGCCCGGGUCAGUCCUGCUUCGGGCAGCCCGUGAGACCUCAUUCAUUGUUCAAGGCCAAAGUUUUCUCCAUGUCGAAAGGUCACCCCUCGUUCUCCCUCAGCCCCUGAGAUCGGGUACACAUCGCCCCAGGACAGAGCAAGACAAAUCGGACCUGGGAAAGGGCUUAUUUGCCAAGACAGAGGGAGAGAGGGCGAUCCUUCAGUGUUGCUGCUCUUUAUGAAGAUUCUGUUAUUUGUAUCUAUUUUUAUUCAUAUUAAAUAAAGC